AUGCCGUUUGGAGAGGCUGCACUGAGUGUCCAGUCAGAUGACAGCGAGAAUGAGGCAAACCGAAUAGACCAAGAAAUCGCCUUCCUUCAGCGACAGUUUCGCAUCACAGAAGGCCAGCGGCAGCUGUUUGGGACGGAGUGGCAGGAAGUAAUCAAGAAGCAGUUGUUAGAACUUGAGAAGCUGUCAAAAGAACAAAACAAGCUUCAGAAAGAGAUAUGCUCCCCACCUUGUCGGGAUGAGAAAGAGACCACAGAAAGAAUGUUUUCCAUGGCAAAGCACUUGGAAAAGCUCAACAAGCAACUGCGUGAGGAGAAGACAGAUUUAGGCUAUCUGGACCAGGAGAUGCUUGCUCGCUUACAUCAACAACUCGUCAAGAAUGAUGAGCUGAGAAAGGAGCUAGAUAAUGUCCAGAUUGAGCGCUCCAUCUUUGAGCAGAUACACUUAAAACUGGAGAAGGAGCGUCAGGAGAUUCGGAGGAAGAUCUCUCAUGGAAUACAUGCCUCUACUGCUGCUUAUGAAGAGAGGGUGGAUGCGCAAUGUAAUCUGGUGGUCCUGAGAGAGCAAAGCCGGAAGAAACAAGCCCAACAUGCCAUUGAAAUUGAAAACUUUAAGCGUUCAAUUGACCAUGACAAAAGACUAAAGGAUUUCAUGCGUAUUAAAUUUGACACCCAGCGGGUGCUUGCAAUGGACGUUUUUGAAGCAGGAAGGGAUGAAACUGAGAGUGGCAAUGGGCAGACAUAUGAGGAGGCCUUCCACAAGAUUCAUGAAAUUACCAAAGAGAGUGAUCCAGAUGUUCUGGUCAGGAGAUUUAUGGAAGCUGAUGAUAGGAAGAUUGCACUCUUUAGCUAUGUGCUCGAGCAAACCAGGGAGAUCGGUAGGGUACAGGAGGAUUUGGAAGAGACAAAGAAAAAAAUUACACUCUCCUACAAAGAAUGCCUUCAUCAUGAGGAAGAUCAUCAGGCCUUAGUGACCAAGAUGAAGACAGAGCUGGCUGAAAUACAACAGGAGACAGAUGGCUACCGACAGAAGGCCAAGGACAUGAAAAUGAUGCAGGCACAGCUGCACAAAGGAAUCGACUCCAUGGUGACCAGGAUAGGGUGUGACCGUUCAAGAAUUGAGAACAGGCUGGGGAAUUCUGCUGGAGUCCAAAGUUACAACAUGAUGUCAUACCUUCGGCUUAUGGAGCAAAGAAUCAGUGAACUGUUGCGCAUAUGGUCCUACAUACGCUUGAAGGAGUCUGAAAAGCAAUAUAGCCAACGUGACAGCAGCAAUACACUGAGGAAUCAGAUUCCAAAAACUCCACAGCUUCUAAUACCUCCCAGCUUUAGCAUUGUCAUCCAGACUCCAUCUACAGUGGAAGAUGCUGACACAGAGGAUCGAGAUCGACUGCUCACCGGUGAGGAAGUGUGGCCUUUAUCAGAAGAAGAGCUACGGGAACGUAUCCUCAGUAUGAUUUUAAGAAGAGAGGAGAGAACCUUAGGAAUGAAUAAGGCUGAUGUGGCCAACCAGCCAAAGAAGCACAGUCCAGGGAAUGAGUGA